UACAUGCGCAAAUCUGAAGAUCAUUUGUUUGCCAUCCAAGAACAGAGAGGGGAGAGGAGAGGAGAGGAGAGGAGAGGAGAGGAGAAACACACAAGAUUUGAUGGCGUCGAUUCGUUGAUUGAUUGGGGAGAGAUGGAGGGAGGUGGAUGAGGUGGACAGAAGGUGGAUGAGGAUGAUUGUCUGGUUCUGGUCCCUGCGAGGGUUUGGGUGGGAGAGGGUGGCCGCAUUUGGAUUAGCUUACACUCCCACCCCUGUCCGCUUCCCACCAUCACAAAACCACUUCAACUCUUUCUACUCUUCAACUGCUUCGACCAUGAAUUGCACACAGUACGAAGUACAUACAACACAGUGCAGAGUAAAGACACUGAUCAGUAGACAAGAGAGUGAAGUCUGCAAGAGUAAGAUGGUAGAUGUACCGAUCGAUUCAUCAUUCUCACUCCACCGCUUCCAUCACAUCCCAUCCUCGAAUCCAUACCCUGUCCUGUCACCAGAUGUCCCGUCGCAACCCAAUCCGUACUAGCACAUGCUUCUCUUUCCGCUGCAUCCCAUGGCCAUGGCUGCCAUGGGAUGCCAUGGCGGACAACGCAUUCAACAUACAAUCCAGUCACCGUCAACUACAGUGAGAGCAUGAGAGCAUGAGCACGAGCUUGUCCACCUGCCAGACACACCUCACGAUGCGAGCUGCCAUA